ACCUGCAGCCCUCGGUGUCCACGGAGCUUGUCCUUAACGCGUGCUUCACGAAAAAGAAGAAACUAAACCAUCGCGCCGCUUCUUCAACUCUCAGUUUGUCCUUUUUAUUUCUGCUCAACAUGUCUUCCGUCGACGUUCGUCUUGUGCUCCCGGCCGCAGAGAACCCGGGAAAGGUGGUUAAAAAACCCGUCGGCGUGCGGAGAGCUGCGCUCGGGGAGAUCACCAACUUCACCGCCGCAGCAGUCAACCCCAAGAAAACCGGCGUGGCCAAAGCGUCGGGGAAACCCUCCCAGAAGGAGAAGGUGGCCGUGGUGCUUCCGGUGAGCCGGGCCCUCGUGCCCGCCGAGCCGCUCCCUGCGCUCCCCGCUGUCUCUGAGGAGUCGGCCGACGUGUCCAUGCGGGAGGAGGAGGCGCUGUGCCAGGCGUUCUCCGAGACGCUGCUCACCGUGCAGGACGUGGACGAGGACGACGCGGAGCAGCCGCAGCUCUGCUCCGAGUACGUCAAGGACAUCUACAGCUACCUGCACGUCCUGGAGGUGCAGCAAGCCGUCCGAGCCAACUACAUGCAGGACUACGAGAUCUCGGCGCGCAUGCGGGCCAUCCUGGUGGACUGGCUGGUCCAGGUCCACUCCCGGUUCCAGCUGCUGCAGGAGACCCUGUACCUCACCGUCGCCGUCCUGGAUCGGUUCCUCCAGGUGCAGCCGGUGUCUCCCAGGAAGCUGCAGCUGGUCGGCGUCACCGCCAUGCUGGUGGCCUGCAAGUACGAGGAGAUGUACGCGCCGGAGGUCGGCGACUUCGCCUACAUCACGGACAACGCCUUCUCCACGGCCCAGAUCCUGGAGAUGGAGCAGCUGGUCCUGAGGACCCUGAACUUUGCCCUCGGGCGUCCUCUGCCGCUGCACUUCCUCCGACGGGCCUCCAAGGUGGCCAGCUCUGACAUAGAGCGCCACACGCUGGCCAAGUACCUGAUGGAGCUGACGCUGCUGGACUACGACAUGGUGCACUACCGGCCCUCCGAGAUCGCCGCCGCCGCACUGUGCCUCUCCCAGCUGCUGCUCGAGGGGCUGCCGUGGUCUCCCACGCAGCAGCACUACUCCACCUACGAGGCGUCCCACCUGAAGCCGAUCAUGCAUCGCAUCGCAAGAAAUGUCGUGAUGGUGAACGAGGGGAAGACGAAGUUCCAGGCCGUGAAGAACAAAUACUCGAGCAGCAAGCUGAUGAAGAUCAGCCUCGCCCCUCAGCUGACGUCGGCCGUCGUGAAGACGAUGGCGGCCUCGGCUCCCUGAGGCCCCCGGCCCUCCCCGUUACACCUGCACUUUACUUUUUAGAUUGAUCACAAUCUGUGGAGACUACUCGCUUUUAAAUAAAAUGAUUUUAAUUUUUCAUGCUCGCUAUGUCAUUUGUUGUGUGUGUUCAGCGAUUUUUGACUUUUAUUUAUUGAUGGAGAUUUUACUCCAGUUUCUUUUUUAACUGUUUGUAAUUUGGUUCCCUGUUGACUGGAAUUAAACUAGUUGUUUACAAGAUGA